UAAUUAUCCUGGACGAAAAAAAAGAGAAAAAAAAGGAGGAUAAUUAAAUACUAAGUGAAGAGAUAAUAAAAAGCUUCAGACCACAAACGAGACAAUUUAAUGAACGUCACAAUUUAGUACAAGAGCAUUAAAUUAAUCGUCUACAACAGAAUUAUAGAGAACUAACACGAACAAUAUGGGACCUAUAAUCAGGAUGUCAUCCUCUGGUACGCACGGCACGGGCGGUGUCGGUUGCUGCUGCUUUAGAUGUUGCACGUGCAUACAUGUGGAGUUUUUUAAAUCAUUACCAGGAAUCAUAAAAGUUUGUGAAACGGUAAUCAGCGGAUUAAUUCAGAGUUUACUUAUAAAUUAUGGCUUGGGCUACAGUUCAUCUAUUGGAUCAGCUUUCGAAGGAUCGUUGACCACGGCAUCCGCUUGCUUCCUGAUUUCCGCUCUGUUACUCACUUGCUAUGCAAUUUCUGAAAAAUCUUACAAAUUAAUUCGAGCUUCACUUUUUGAAACGAUGUUCAAUUGUUUAGCCUGCUUCCUGUAUUUAAGCUCGGCACUUUACUUGGCUUUUGCCACUAAAUUAUUUCUGAUGAUCCCGUAUUAUAUGAGUCCCGGCUUCGACGUUUAUCCUGCCAUGACAGCCGCUUAUAUCCUAAGUGGCGUCGUGGGAUUAUUACAUGGAGCAGAUGCUUAUUUAUCUUAUGUGCAUUACAAAACUGGAAGAUGAAUUAUGAUAAUUACAGGAAUAUUAACUGUAUAUAAUUUUGCAAUAAGACGUGGCAAUUAUGUAAUUGUGUACACUAUUAGUAAUAGUAACGUUAACUCUGGAGCACGAAUCUCUUCGAAAAAGAAUUGAAUGUUAGA